AUGACGGGCUUACAAUUUUUCGGAAAAGUAAAAAAAACAGAAAUACAGGAAAUUGAGAAAAAACUUCUGCACAUUCACAAGUGUGUUACUGCGAGCUUGACCAAUUCAAACCUUUUAAAUAAGGCAGAAAUAAUCUUGCAUUGGAAAAAAUGUCAUAUGUAUGUAACAGAUGUGAAAACGCAUGUAACAGACUUUUUUGAGAAUUACAAGAAUUUUGAGAUAUGCAAUGAAAUCAAUUUAUCAAUUGGUGAGUAUUUUCUGUACCUCAUUAUAUACUUGAAAAAUGUGAAAAUUAAAAAAAAUCCCUUGAGAACUCUUAAUUUGUAUAUUUUUCAGAACAAUAAGUGGAAGGAUAAAUUAAUUCACCAUUUUUUAAAAAAUCUCUUUUUAAAAAAUGAGGAUGAUCAGCAGGAUUGCACGAAUUGCAAAACGUUGAUAAUCGAAUAUUUUAUAAAUAAUUAUGGCACAUUUCGGGAGGAGCACAUUGCCUUAUUUUACACCAACAUUUUGAGAUACAUUAACAACAAAUUGAAAAUAAAUUUUUUAAAAAAGAACCAAAAUUAUUUAAACAUUUUUGCCAAUUUUCUAAUCACUUAUAAUGGAAAUGCAACACUCCAAAUAAAUAGUCACAUGCUUAACGCCUUUUUACUUAUUGCGAAGAAUUUAAAAAAAAUUCUGUUGCAGUUCCCUUUUGACAAAGACAUAUGCACACAUGUGUGCUUGAUUUACCAGCAGGUGAAAAAUGUCAUAGAAGCUUACCGAGCGAGCGUAUGUCUUCUUUUGUCCGAGAAGGCACAGCUCUCCCCCAUCUCAGAAGUUGGAAUAGAAUCCAGGCGGGUAGCUCAGUACGACGAUCCCCCCAGCGAUGUGGGAAGUGAUGAAGAAUUUGACGCACCUGAGGAGGAAAAUGUGGGCACGCAGGUGGACACGGGAAUGCACGGCGGCGUAAGCCACCCAAGUACUGUCCUCCUGAGCAAGUACAUAUGCUGCAUAAAGAAGAUACAACAGCUGCUGCAACAGUGUGACAACGUUAUUAAGGAGAAGAAAAAAGAAAACCCCUUUUUACUAUUGUGUAAAUAUAGAAGCAUAUUAAUUAUAAAGUAUAAAAAUGUAAAGCACCUCAAUAUUAGUGACAAUUUGGAAUAUUUUAUAUUAUUUUUUAAAAUAAAAAAUUUACUAUGUGAGGGAAGCAAAAACCCGUUUUUUAUCUUCCUGUGCAUAGACAGCAUAAGUUACUGGUUACAAAAAAAUGAAAAAUUGCAGUACAUUUUUGAAGAUACCAACAAGGGGGGAGACUUACCAAAAGGGGAAGAAUCCGAAGUGUGUUUUUUUACCGAUGGGUUACCCAAUAAUUGUGCCGAUGAAUGGGUAGGGCAUAACGCAAUGAAGAGAAAUUGUCCUGAGGGAAAUGUACCUUGUCCAAAUUAUGAUUGCUCGAAUGGACACAUCACAAAUUUGGAUAGUACGCAUUUGUUGCACUUAUCUGAUCAGAGUGAAGAUAAAAUUUACGAAGAAGGCUCCACCCCCGUUAGGCAUGACCAAAGGGUUAAUCCCAGCCCAAAUGACGAUCGUAGUGAUUGUAAGGAUGACCCUUCUUUGUGCGAUGGCGAAGGAGGGGAAGUUCCUGGGGGUGCCAAAAUGAUAAGCGAAGAGAACGCUCCUGAAGGGGUACCAAACGCGCAGACGAACAUUUCACCAUCACAGAUCGACGAACUGGUUAAAACGGAUGGCUAUGUCAAGAUAAAUUGUUUAAGAAACCACUUUGAACGUUUGUCCCAGAAAAAUAGAGUCAAUUUUAUGUCCCAUUUGUACAGCGCAAUUAUGAGAAGCUUACUAGUAAUGCUAAAAAUGUAUUCAUGGUAUAACAUAAAAAUUAUAUGGAAAAGUUGCAUUGGCAUUUACGAAUUUUUACUGAGCAGCAAGAAAAAUACAUUUAUAAAAAAAGACGUAUGUGAUCAUUUAAGGUAUAUAAUUUUUAAUCAGGAAAAGAAGAAGAAAUAUAUGUGUUUAUCAUUGUUGUUAAAAUAUUUUAAAGAGUCCAUGUGUGAAAAGAACGUGCUGGAAUAUCUUUUUUACUGUUUCUUUCAAAAUGACGACUUUUUCAUGUUCAGUCUGUACGAGCUGAUAAAGCAAUGUAUUAAAUACAUAUUUAUGCACGCGAAGGAUAAGAAUUUGUUGUACUACAUUUUUUUAAAGAAUAUUUUAAUAACCGAUAAUUUUUGCAUGAAGACUUUCUACAUAAAAAAAUUUAUCGAGUUGUUUUACAAGCAUGAUAGUAAUUAUGUGUACUUUGUUCUGAAUAAGGCGUAUUCUGAGUUGGAAAAAUAUUUUGAUAUGUCCCUCGAGGAGCAAGAAGGAAGGUGCAUCCAAGUAGACCGAACCAAACCUGGACAAAACAACGUAGACAGUUUUAUUAACGUGAGCAGUGUAAACAGUGUGAAGAGUUCCAAGGAAAUAACAAGCAGACGUUAUUUUUUAUUUUUAAUGAAGCAACUCUUGGAGAGAAAAGACGCAGAAGAAAUUGCGUACAAUUGUGUUGUGGACCAAAUGGAGGAUAACAUCUUCUUGAAUUACAAAAUUGUGAAAACUGGAGAGAACUCAUUGGAAGGAAAAUUUUUAACUUACAAUUUUCACUCUUUAGAAAAUAUCGCCUUCAUAGAGCUGUACACAUUAUGCACUUUGCGAAAAUACGAAUCCAUCGAAGUGGUAUAUUACAGAGGUGACUACUUCUAUCAGCUGAGGAAGAAUGUUUUGCUAAAUGUGAAAAUUUUAAACAACUUUUUUUACUUCUCGAAUGACGAAUUUGUGCUGUCCAUUUUGUCCUUCAUUUGCGAGAACAAAUAUUUGAACCUCUGUGACUUGUACCUAUUCCGCACCUUUUUAAUCACCUCCAUAACGAACAUUUCGAGGACCAGUCGGGACGCCUACAGGAAGUACAUUCUUCUUUUUUUUGAGAAGUUUUUUAUAUAUUACCAGAGGAUGAUUGAGAUGGACAAACGGAGAAGCUACAACAUCAAGGGGGACAUAAACGCUAGUGCUACCCAUAUGGAUAAACACUCAUUUGAAGUCCAAAAAGUUGUUUCCUUUCUGUAUGGAAAUGUGGACGUACUGAGAGAAGACCCGAUUUGCGACUCACCAAAGAACGUUUACUCGACCUGCAUAUUUCAUUCUGCUGACGAAAAACACUUAGAUCACAGGAAGGGCAUUUUCCUAUACAAUUACUACCUUAUGAAUAUCCUUUUUGUUUUGUUCAAGAACACUAAUAAAGACAUGGGCAUCGAGGCAACUGUGUACUGCUCGGACAUACUAAACGCGGUAGUGGAUUAUUGCGCACAUUUCGAAAAUCUUAAUUUUUUCUUUUUCCUAUUCAAUGCCAAAACGACUUGGAAGGAGUUUUACCUAAUAUCGAAGGAGAUCUUUUUCAAAACUGUGAAUAUAAUUUUGCUAAAAAGGGAAAGCUUUGCCUGCUUAAAUAAUGCAUUCUUUCCAUUGGUAAAAUCGCACAGGCAGGUGGACCAUUCGUUUUACGCCUUCUUACUAAGAUUGUGCUUCAUUUCGUUAAAUCACCGUAGGGAGGUGAACAAGAGGGAAGACGGAAUGUCCACCCACCUUCUCACUGGUACAAACAGUGAUAACCAUGAUAUAUACGAACGGGUAAAUAAUUUGAGUCGGAGUUCGAAUAGGGAUGGUGCCCCCUUAUGUGACUUUUUCAGUUGUCUCAUUAAAUACAGCGACAUUGAACAUAUAAAGGAAGACAACAAAUAUUUAAUAAAUUACGUAAACUACCUAUUCAGUGAUUGGGGUGAGAAGAGUGUGGACCGUGAGAAUCGUGAGGGCGGCGCCAUGAUAAACAUCCCAUUGUACAUAUUCGAAAGUUUUAUUAACAAACUUAAAAAAGAAAAUAUCAUUAAAUUAACCAAACACGAGGACGUGGAAAAUUGCGAAAUGUAUAAAUUGGCCUUUUACAUAAACGAGUUUAUUUUGUACCUUAAGGACAACAUGGAUUUUAGCAAGGACAUAGAAGGGGCAACGUUUAGGAAGCACUUCGCUGAAAUUAGCUUGUGCAGUUCGAGCACAUAUUUGAAUUUCGAGCAAUAUAAACAGUACCCUGUGCCCAGCGAAAUAGUUCAAUCGUCCGAUGGGUGGCAGUUAAUAUUGUUAAAAGUCUACAUGUGCAACGUGCUGCACUAUUUUAUCAGUUAUUUGAACACCCUAUUUUUGAAUGAGUCGAAGAGUUUUUUUUUUGACUGCAGAGGACACCUAAUUUUUGAAGACGAAACUGAGAAGGAAACAACGUCUAUUAUCAUUUGGUUGUCUAUCAAGUACAUAUGCAUUUUGUUCACCUCCAUCGUUGACUUUUCCUUCAAAUUUAAUAUUACCACGUCUGAGGGGGGUAAACACCACGAAUCCGCGUUAGCAAAUUGUGACUCCAAAGGUGAAAGUACGAAGGAUGCAAAUUAUGUCAGUGGAAAGAAAAACAUUUCUUUGUGCUUUUUUCACAGUACAGAAAUUCACCUUAUCAUUCAGAACCUUCUGUGUUUGUUGCUGCACUCCAAGCAUAUAGCAUGCCAGCAGUAUCUGUCGGAUUGUCUCUUGGAUGUCUGCAGAAUUAUAGUCCUGAGGAGUGGGGAUAGUAUGCAAACCAUUCCGUUGUUCUACGUGUACAUCAUUUUGCUUAUUUUUAAAAACGAAGGGGGAGAAUCAAAAUGUACGGGGGAAGAUGGCAACCAAGUGGACAAAUCUCCCGAGGGGCGCGCACAUAUCGCUGCGGAAGAACCCAUCUCGAACGAAAACCCAGAGGACGCAGAACCCAAUUUUGAGUUCCUAACGGGAAUUAUCAGCCGACUGAACAGAAUGCUCACGACAAAGGAGGAAAACAAUGUAGACGUAAGUGAAAUUUUAUCUGCACAUUUUUUAAAAGGCAAUAUUACGCCCCCCAAGGGGGAGGCACAUGAACAUCCCACAUUUCAGAACACCAACCAAAGGGAAAACAAAAGAGAAAGCGAUGAACCCAAGUGUGCAACACCUUCCCAUGUGAAUAAUAACUUCAAACUAAAUGACAAAUUGAACAUGCUCAUUUGGGAUGACCAGCGAAUUAACACAAAUUUUCUGAGAAAGUCGAGCAACAUGUGUCUAGCGCUAAGUUCAUUGGCCAAGUCGUAUAGAGCAAAAGAGCAGUACAUCAUAUACAAUUUUAUCAUAAAAAUUAUAAUCAAUUAUUUGCUUAACGGAAAUAAUAAGUUUAAGAAGGUCAUUUGCGUGAACAUUAUAAAACAUAUAUAUACCGUUAUAGAUAAUAAAACGCUUUACGAAUACAUGAGCGAUAUUUACAAAAUAGCUUUAAUUUACUACAAGAGUAAAUUUUUUUGUUUGAAAAGUGCAAGCACAUCACUUUACAACAUAUUGACAAAGCGCCUGUUGGCCAAGCUGAAUUACUCCUACCAUGUGUCGUCCAACAUGUAUUAUUUCUGUACGGGCAGCAAAAGAAGAAUAUUCAAAAACAUCAAUUUGACUUUUUUCGAUUUAUUAAAUUCGAUCAACUUGUUAAAGAUAUUUUUAAGUGUGUUUAUAAAGAAGGGCAAAUUUUUAAAUGGAGAACAUUGUAGCAAAAAUGAAGGUAAACCCUUUUUUGACUAUUCCAAUUUUUAUGCCCAGUUUAUCCCAAUUUUGAUAUUUCUGUCAAAUGUUACAAUUUUUAACAAUGACGAUUAUUUCUUGCUAAGAAAUGUGAAGGGGGAUUUGCGGGCUGCACAUAGCGCGCUCCAGUUUUCGUCACACAGUGCCUGCCCAACGGAGACAGGCGGGCAAACUGUAGAAGAAGGUUACAACCAGAGCGAUAUGCAAGAAGAUGGGGAAAACGCAGAAUGGGCAGAAGCUCCUACGGGUAAUCAACCCUCCAACGAUCCAGGUGGGGAGAAUCAAACCCAAAUAAGCAACAGGAACAUAUACUUCCUUUUUGUGAAACACCUGAAAAAGUUACUCACCCACGGCAACUACUUCGUCCAAGUGCUCAUUUGCAGAAUAAUCGUCAAUGUGUAUAUGCACAUAUACCUAAAGCUGAAGAAGAAAAAUCUGAUUUUUAACUUUUUAAACAAAAUUGUAAUAAACGCCAUGGAAGGGCAUAAGAAUAAUUGCUACCUUCUUCUCUUCAUAGAAUUUGUGAGGAGGAAGGAGUCCAAAACGUUAAUGGAGGAAAAUAAAAAAAAGUUCAGAAAAAUAUUCUUCCAAUUUUUAUUCCUAUUUGUGAGAAGCGAAGAGUAUGCAAAGGUUUUGCUAAUUUUGCAAAUAUUAAACAUCCUGUAUGGUAGGAUAUCCAUUUCGUUGGACCAAAAUGUUGUGGCUUUCCUGUUUAGACGAUUGACACUAUAUCAGGAUGACAUGUUCAUAUCCGUUUUGGUGAAUGAACUGUUGAUGAAGAUAACAAAACGGGUUGAAAAUCUUGUUGCCCUUCUGGACAUAUACGCAUCGAGUAAGAACGAGAAGCACAUAGAGUCGUUCCUCUACAACUGGUAUCUGCACACAAAAAAGAGGCACAAGAAGGAUUUUCAAAUAAAGGAAAAGCAGCUCAGUGAAUUGUCAAAUUAUAGUUCGUUUAAGUUCUUCUCUGAAUGUGAUAAAAAGGGGGUGAGUAUUCCUCAGGGUGAGGAAUGGUUAGAUGGGACUAAACGAAAUCUGUCUGGUGAUUGUGAAGGAGAGGUCCAUGGGCAGGACGCUAAAACGGACGAACCGGUGGAUGAAAGGAUGUACAUUUAUCUGUACCUUUUACUUUUCCAAAUAAUCCACACGUAUAAGGACAACAUAAAGAUUAAGAAGUACUGCUUCAGUAUCCUGUUGACAGUUGCAAAAUUUAUAUCCCUUGAAAAUUUGUUCCUGUUCGAGCGUAUGCAGCAGUAUUACGUGGAACACAUUAAACAGAACUACCUGGACAAGUACAUCAUUUCGUAUAGCUACCUUAUAUGCGUGAAAUAUUUUUCCACUGCCCAGAAAACAGAACAUAGGAAGAGUCAGAAGGAGCGCUGCGAACCUGGCAACAAAUUUAUCGAAGCGAUUUACGACUUUAUCGACACAGAGAAGGAGAGCACUGCUUCAUCUCUCAAUUGUAACUGGAAGGAAUCCCUUUUCAACUAUGCAUACUUUUACUUGCUCCUUUUUCUAAAUUUGGUGUCUCGUCUGUGUAACAAAAAUUCGGUGACGUAUACGAAAUAUUUUGUGAAGGCCUUCAUGAACUACGGAAUUGUUGAAUAUAACUACGAUCGUCUGGAGGAGGAAGCAAAAAUGGAAAAUUUCAACGCAGGUGGAGGUGACGAUAUUCGGAAAAAUGUAACCGUUCCCAAGAGAGAGACGCAUUCUUCACUUGACUACCCUACCGGAGAUGAUGCACCAAAUUGGAGCAACAAAAAUGGAGCGAAAAAAAAUAACAAAAAUGAAAUGUUCGAUGUGACACAAUUUUUGAUUAAUAAUUAUCCCCCUGAGGGUACACCCCAAGUGAAUACUCCAAAUUAUGCGCUGCCCAAGGAAGAGGGUAAAACCCUCGACGAACGCACAACCGCGUAUAUAAAAUACAAAGAAUGGUAUAGGACCGACUUGAACCAGUGGAUAAUGCAAGUAGUGAAAAACAAAGUGAGGAACCAAAAUAUUACAUUCGAUGUUGUGUAUGUCAAAAAUUCACUAAAGCAUCUGAGAGGGCAUAACUUAUUUACCGCCUUCUUUGUGGUACUUUACUCUUGCCUGAUAUUUAUGUUAAAUGAUGAAAACGAACUGAUAAGGUACAAGGCCAAAAUUGCAGUGUUGCACAUGAUGAGGAAGAAGACGUUAAAUGUGUACCAAACUAUGAAAGACAUAAUCUGUGUUGAGUUCUUCAUUUAUUACCUUUCCAAGUGGCACCAACAUGUGGCCCUACACAUAUUAACCUUUUGCAUAUCCCAAACAAAGAGCUGCAUUACAGAUAAAUUUUAUUACAACCCAGUUAAAUUGUUCGAUCAGGAAAAGUACAAUUUGUAUAUUAACAAUGUGUUACUGAACCAUUUGUUUGUAUUUUAUUACCUAUUUAAUAUCACUACGAUUUACAAGGGAGGAAAUCCGAGAGGGGGCAUUACCGACUUUUACCACUUUGUCGACACGUUAGGUGGCCAAAAAAAGGACACCUUCGUGAGAAAUGUAAACACUGAAAAUGCAGCCCCCGUUCUUUCGAACGAUGAAACCAAUUCGGAUGGAUACGAUUUGUACGAGCUGAAAAAGGAUGCCGUGUGGGAGAAAGUACUGGAAAAAUUGGUCCAUAAGCGUACCGUUCGUACGGAGUGCCAUACCUUGGGUGGUAAAGCAGAAAAACCCCUUAGAACCUCCUGCGUGGUGACAUCCUACGUGACAAACUUUCUAAUAUUCCUACGAAUGGGCUACAUCGCAGAUAUUAAGAAGAGCCUAGACGAUUAUUCGCACCUCCUACAGUCCUACAAAAAUGUGGACCUUUUUGAUUCCAACUUUGUCAUUUGCUGGAGCAACCUGUUUAAUAAAAUAAUCAUUCUUCUAAUCAACAUAUUCAUUUUUUUUCAAAAAAAUAUAGCCCUAUAUUGCAACAGUUAUUUUUACGAAGAAAUAAAUAUGAUUAAGUCGAAGACGGUGUCAAUUUAUGGAACCUUCAAAUUGGUAAGACAUGAAAUGAAUCCCUUUUUACUGAAAACUAUGGAGCUCCUGUUGUCCAUCAUGGGCACUGCCUUCUUAAAAAACAGCAACUUCUUUUCAGAUAUAUACACGUUAUUAUACUCUUUGAAGGGUUCCGUUUAG